GAGAGGCGGCGGCCGGCUGACAGCAGCAUCCAGCACCAACUACUCCCUUCUUUGCCCAUCACUUCCAGGAGGGGAGGGGACCGGUCCCGGCUUGUAACCCCGGCGGCGCCGUGCGGGCUUCACUCAUGCAAACCCCCUUCUGCCCCAGCCCGGCGCGGGAGAGCGCCGCGCCCCGCAUGAAUGACGAAUAUACUUCAUCUGAAGCAUAAAAGUACAUGAUUCUGGAAAAGCACGUGAAAGCACCUUUAACGUUAAAAUCAGGAAGAAGUAUGAAAGAACAGUCUGUCUGAUACUGAAUUUCUGGGCCACAACAUCUUGCGGAGAACAAAAUAUGGCUCUCUCUAAAAACAUUGCUGCAAUUCUCCUUGAAGAAUGGUGUUUGGAGGAAGCACUGUUUAGGUGCAGGAGACAUCAGAAUGUCAGGAAAAAACUGAGACUGAUACGAAUAAUAGGUCUUUUCAUGAGUAUAAUGGCCAUUAGCACUUUCUCUCUUUCAAUUAGUGCCUUUUUCAAGAUGGAGCCACAUAGCACAGAGAUGACCAGUAAUCUAGGUAGCCAAAAGUCAAUGCAUGGGCAUCAAAGAACUCUGUUGGAUGUCAAGGAACAGAAUCAAAAUGGCACUCCAGAUUCACCUAUUUCUAUGAAAUAUGAAACGGAACACAAUAAUGCAACAGAAGAACACUCCAAGGGAGAGUACCCAGAAGACCUUUUUUCUCUUGCAGAAAGAAGAAGGGGGGCAGUAAUCCUCCAUAUCAUAGGAAUGAUUUAUAUGUUCAUAGCCUUAGCCAUAGUCUGUGAUGAGUUCUUUGUUCCUUCAUUGACUGUCAUCACUGAGAAGCUAGCCAUAUCUGAUGACGUGGCUGGGGCAACAUUCAUGGCUGCUGGUGGUUCAGCUCCAGAACUCUUCACAUCUUUGAUAGGAGUCUUUAUAUCUCACAGUAAUGUUGGCAUUGGAACAAUAGUAGGUUCUGCAGUAUUCAAUAUCCUAUUUGUUAUUGGAAUGUGUGCUUUAUUUUCUAGAGAGAUCUUGAAUCUUACCUGGUGGCCACUCUUUAGGGAUGUGUCCUUUUAUAUCAUGGACUUGAUCUUGCUAAUAAUCUUUUUUUUGGAUAAUUUAAUCAUGUGGUGGGAGAGCUUAACAUUACUGAUAGCUUAUUUUUGUUAUGUGACUUUCAUGAAAUUCAACGUUCAAGUAGAAGAAUGUGUGAAAAAAAUUUUAAACAGGAACAAAGUUGAGAAGGUAACAACGGCAGAUUCUGAACAAAAGCCAGCUAAUGCUGGGGACAAGGAUGACCAAACACUGACGACCAAGCCACGUCUCCAGCGAGGCGGGAGCUCUGCAUCUCUCCACAACAGCCUAAUGAGAAACAGCAUCUUUCAGCUUAUGAUUCACACACUCGACCCACUUGCUGAAGAGCUUGGAUCAUAUGGAAAACUAAAAUAUUAUGACUCAAUGACUGAAGAAGGAAAGUUCAAAGAGAAGGCCUCAAUUCUUCAUAAGAUUGCCAAAAAGAAGUGCCAGGUGGAAGACAGUGAAAGACGGAACGGGGCUGCUAAUCAUGCUGAAAAAAUUGAACUCCCAAAUACUACAAAAGUGGAAGUUGAAGUAACACCACCAAAUGAUGGUUCAGGACCAGUGCAAAAUGGAAACAUUGCCCAUGGAAUUGAAGAGAAUUCAGAAGACAAUGAUGAAGAGCAGCCUCUCAGCCUGGCCUGGCCUGACACCCUACGCAAACAGCUCAUGUAUCUUGCUGUUUUCCCCAUUGUUUUUCCAUUGUGGAUUACCCUGCCAGAUGUCAGAAAGCCUUCCUCCAGGAAAUUUUUUCCUGUCACAUUCUUUGGAGCAAUCACUUGGAUAGCAGUUUUUUCUUAUUUAAUGGUCUGGUGGGCACAUCAGGUUGGCGAGACCAUUGGCAUUAGUGAAGAAAUCAUGGGAUUGACUAUAUUAGCUGCAGGCACCUCUAUCCCUGACCUAAUUACCAGUGUUAUUGUGGCACGGAAAGGCCUAGGUGAUAUGGCAGUAUCCAGCUCUGUUGGAAGCAACAUCUUUGACAUCACAGUGGGUCUUCCCCUUCCAUGGCUCCUGUAUGCUGCAAUUAACGGCUUUGCCCCAGUGACUGUCAGCAGCAAUGGAUUGUUCUGUGCUAUCGUCCUCCUCUUCAUCAUGCUACUCUUUGUCAUCCUCUCAAUUGCACUCUGCAAGUGGAGGAUGAAUAAAUUCUUGGGCUGCACCAUGUUUGGUCUCUAUUUCAUAUUCCUGAUUGUCAGUGUCCUUCUGGAGGACAAAGUAAUCUUGUGUCCCGUCUCCAUCUAGUAGGAAGUGCCGUUUCUCGAACAAAACAAAUAUCUGCAAUGGACAGCAACCCCUGAGAAUAAACAGUGGAUCCACAACCCUUACAAAAAUAAAUACAUAAAGAGGAUAAAAAGGGCUGGAUGUGAAGUGGAAAAAUUAUGCAGCUGAUGCAUUUGCUGCUGAACAAAACAGUUACACGUAAGAAGUGAGAUCAGCUACCUUUAGGCUUCUUUGCAUGGCACUUGGAAGUUCUCUGUUCACUGGCAGAGGUCCUGUAUGUGUGUUAUAGCAAUGCAAGUUAUUAUAUAUACUACACAUAUGCUAUGUUUCCCUGUAUCUCUCUUUCUCUAUAUUAAUAUAUGCCUACAUGCAGAAACAAAGCAUAAUAGAUACAUACAGGUAUAACCUUGCAAGGAGAACACUAGUAUCCAUUUUAGGGAAGCACAGACCUCUAGUUGGGGAUUUAUGUAGUUACCCAUCAAAUGUAUCAGUGGAAGAUGUUAGGCAACAGCAUCUGCAUGAGUAACAGAUAGAAAAGGAUGCACACAUCUCUUCAUUCAGAUGGAUUCAUAUGCUGUGAGCUUGCGCACAUUUUGGACAUCUACGUUGCGGACCUUUAGAAGCCCUUGGCAAAGUGAACAUGAUGUUUCAAUAGAAUCCUGCAAAACUCUGCAGGGUCCAGCCACUCUGGCUCUAGCACUGAUGGUGAACUGUAGGCGGACUCAUGACAGUCAAAGGUGAAACCCAAACUGGGGAUUUGUGGCCUCUUCUAGCAUCAUCCCAGCAUGCAAGUAGAAAACACGACUAAGUGAAUUCACUACUUUUCUAUAGUGCAGCAAUACUAUAAAUAGUAGCAAUGUCUUUCUGAUGCUAUUACUACUGUAGGCUUGCCUUUUCAUAUAAGAAAGAAGGCUGGAUUUGUUUGUGUGUAGUAUUUCAUAUAAAAUUUAGAUGCAGCUGCAUGAUGGGAAGCUGCCUACUUGCUGAAGUGAAUAUCCUUUUAUAGACUAUUUUCCACCAUUAUUUGCUGUGAAUAAGUCCUUCACUGUUGCAUACUUUCUUAUCAGCUUUAGGGCAGAUCCUCAGCUGAUGUAAAUUGUCACAGCUCCUUAAUGAAGUUAUGAUAACUUAUUCCAGUUGAGAGCCUGCCCCUGUAAGUCUGAGAAUUUAGCAAGGGGGAAUCUAACAAUUGUAUUAUGGAGGGGUUGCAGGUUGAAACCCAGGCAGAAAUCUUCUAGAGUCACUGAAGUGGUAGCAUGUGUUAAUUAUGGAGGUCUAAGGGGACCCAUGAAAGAAGAGAGCCCAUUCCUGCUCAGAUUGAAGUCAUGAGAGGAGAAGCAGGUCCAAAAUUUGAACAGAAAAGCCCCAGGAAAGAGAGAGAAAUCAGUGUUCCUACAGAAAAAGAUUGUACAUUUCCUAUAGUUGGAUAUAAAAUGGGAGACUUGAAAUCUGAGUAAAAAUUAUUUUGCGUAAUGCCUGUUUGUUUUUUUAGGGUCUGUGUUUGGUUAGAGUUCAUGCAAUUUCAUUUUGUAUCUGUUUUCCAGAAGUGACCCACUUCAGAGUUGUUUCUGGUUUAAAUCCCACCUGCAAUGGAAAUACUAUGCCCAGGACUAUGAACAGAGGGUUCAGCACAUUUUGGCUGGUUGACUGUUCUCAUGUUAUGGCCAUGUUUUCUUUCUAUAUCCCAUGCUUUCAGCACUUUUGCCCCUCAUUGUAUUCCUUGUAUGUAUGUUUAUAUCUCUACAUAACUAUAUCUGCAUAGAGCAUAAAAACGGAGAAAACAGUAGAUCAAACAGUAAGAAAUAUAUAUUUAUAACAAAGAAAAAAGUAUAUAUUACUAAAGUUAAGAUAUUAAUGAACAAAAGCAAGAAAAUUAGGAGUUACAGUUACUAUAGAGUCUGCUAGUCACUUCUUGUGCCUAGGAUUUAAUACCCAGGUACAGAAUUGCAUACAAAGCCAGAUUCUGCUCUUAAUUACACACCUGCAGUGUUUGCACACUUAAUUACACACCUUUGCAUUUUUAGUGGCACUUGUGCCUGUGUAACUGUGAGCAGAAGUUUGCCCGGUGUAUUUCAUAUCCCCUAUUGCUCUGAAAUCCCCUUAUCUGUGCUGCAGUUUUACCUACAGUGGUGCCACUGGCACCACUCACUAUUUUUUCAUAAAGAUACAGUUUGUGUAAAAGCAGGUGUACCUUAUAGUGACCUCAGCAGAAAGCAAUGGAAGUACUGUGAGGAAAAAAUGCAGGGCCCAAAUUCUGAACUCAGUUACACCAAUAAAAUCCCACUGAUCUCAAGGGUUUUUCACAGCUAUAAGUGAGGGUAGAAUUGGCCCUAAGUCUUGUAUGUAUCCUGAGGGAACCACCAAAUCCUUUGUGGUAUCUUAGAUGACAAUACUCACAGUAGCUUUAUCAAA